UACCGUGUAGAGACUCAGUUUUAAAGCAAAGUGUGUAAAAGUUUUAACCAUUGUGAAUUAUGUAUUUUUCCAAAAAUUAUAAAAAGCUGUUUGCUCAGGAUUAUUAAUGCCAAUCUCGCCUUACAUCAAACUUGAUUUAGAACUCAUUUUGCAUAAGUAACUAAAUAUAUUUUACAUCUUUCUUCCCAUCUAUUUAAACCCGCCAGUCUACCGGGUCCACAUUCCGUAAGGAAUAAUUCUGAAAUGGAUUCUUCUCGUCCCAUUCCACGCCCACACUUGGCCGUUACGUUGCCUGAAAUCCUACAUGAAAUAGCGUCAUUCCUCCCCACCUACGACCUCCACAAGCACGUCACCCUGGUUUCCCGCGGAUGGGAAGAUGCCGCUCGAAAACAGCUCCUUGCCCGAGUGCUGGUCGACCUCACCCCGAAAAAUAUGGCGGGCUACCUUGAACUGGCCAAGAUUCGAGGGAACCACCACAAACGUGUCUGCUUGUCUUAUUUAAAUUUCGAAAAUUUGUCACCCGAGGAGUCCAAACUACUCGAAAAUUUCACCUUCACCGGGACCCCGCCCAUUACCGAGUUACGCUUGGACUACUUCCCUCACGAGUGGUCAAUCCACCCCUCGGUCUUAACUCUAUUCUCACAUUGCCCCAGGUUACAAUUUGUCUCCUUUUCCCCAAAGGCUUUUACUCUUCCGACAAUUAAAAGCCCCCUUCCAAAAGAUAUAAGUUUCCUAAAAGUCGUAGCAUUCGGAAUUUCUUUGCCGGCCAAUAAUUCGAAAUUCAGCGGCUUAAGUUUAACAAAUUUCCUACGAUUAGUCUCGGUAUUCCCCAACCUGAAAAUAUUACAGGGCAGAACCCUUCCACACAACGUUUUAGAGUAUUUUCUAUCCAAUACGGGGUCAAUUAGGGAAGUUUCGGUGUGGUUGAAUAACACUGAUGGACCUUUUUCGAUACAAAAACCAUCCCUUUUUCUGACCAGGAUAGAGCUACAGGUCGGAACGUUAUCCAACAUGAGAAAUUGUAACGUACUAAUGGCCACGUUUGCGGGGCAAGUUGAGAAACUGAAAUUAACCGCGGAAUGCAACUUGCCCUGGGAAGAGUUUAACUGGCAACAGUGUUUCCUGACAAUUAAUAAGUUGCCAAGGGUGUUAUCAAAGCUAAAGUGGUUAGAAAUUGGGGUACCGCGAUGUUCCAAUAAUAAAGGAAACGUGAAGAAAGUUCCCGCACUUGGGUUAAUGUUUCCGGAAAAUUUAGUUUAUUCGAGACAAUUCCCCGCUUUGGAAAAAUUCGUUGUCUCGGACCGAUGUGGGAUGAGAUACAUGUCCCAUGAAGAGAUUGAGGAAGAGGAAUGGUUUGAAAUUUGUGCGGGAUUUUUGGACAAAUAUUUCUUAAGGGGGGAGUGUCUAAUGGUGAGAGAUGUGAGGAUUCCACUACCGCCCGGGGAAAGGGUGGGGUUUGGAUUGUUUCAAAAAUUGGGAGGUGAUGAAAACAAGGUUAACUCUGAGUUGGUGGAUUGCUCCGACUUUUUCCAAAGGAUUGCGACCACGUUUCCAAAUUUGGGGUGGGAAAUGUUUGACGGGGUGGGAGAUUCUGAGAGGGUGGAAUAAUGGGUGAGAGAUAGGAUUGCUGGAGAAGAAAGGGUUAAACUUGAUGUAAAUUAUGCAUAAUUUAAAUAUGUAAAAUAUAAAUCAAACUAAACUACACUUUCAUGAAAUAAAAUGUAAUGUUUUGAAUUGAA